AAUCGCCUCUCCUCUCCGACUUGCAGGGCCCUGGGAGAAAGCCACCCCCGCCUCGUUGUGUGGCGCGGCCGGCGGGAGAGGUGGGAUCCUUUAGGCAGCAUCCCCCCUCGCUACAGCCUGCGAGAACAGAGGCUGCUACCGCAGGUACAACCAGGCCGCGAGCAGCGUUAUCAAUGCCCGUCCGGCGCGGUGUCCGCAGCGGGGCUCGGUGACGGCCGCUUCCCUCUCGUGAGCAUCCCAGCCGCGUCCGGCGCUUUGUCUGCAACCAGGGCGGGUGAGGCGGAGACACGAGUGGAGGAGGAGGAGGGAAAAAGGGUAGCGACCCCCCUCCCUCACCUCCAUGGUGGAGGUAUCCGAGGGUACGACGCAGGUAUAGGGGAAAUCAGAGGAAGUAAGCCUUUAACUGGCUUGGAUAUCUGUGAUCUUUACCAAGUUCCAUUGUCAACUCAAUGAAAGAUUUGUUGAACAGCACCUUUCCUUUGCCUAUGUUUUAACCGUGGGAGUCAACAAGGAAGGUUUGACGAAAGUGAGGCGGGAGGGGGGGGAGGCUCUCAGCCCUGUCCUCCUCCUCCCAGGGGUGCAGCCAAUCGUGUCUUCGGACCCCCGCAGCUGGAGAGUGGAUGUGGGUUUGUCAUGAGUCCGGCCGGCUGCUCCCAUGUGAACAGCUUUAAGGUGGAGAAUUGGAAGCAGAACCUGCGUGUGAUUUACCAGUGUUUUGUCUGGAGUGGGACUCCAGAAACUCGAAAAAGGAAGGCUAAGUCGUGUAUCUGUCACAUGUGUGGUGCACACCUGAAUAGACUUCAUUCUUGCUUAUACUGUGUUUUCUUUGGAUGUUUCACGAAAAAACAUAUCCACGAGCACGCAAAGGGUAAAAGACAUAACCUAGCCAUAGACCUAUUGUAUGGGGGUAUAUACUGCUUUAUGUGUCAGGACUACAUAUAUGACAAAGAUAUGGAGCAAGUUGCCAAAGAAGAACAAAGAAAAGCUUGGAAACUGCAAGCUUUUACUCCAGCCCUGGUUUCUCCAUACCAGUAUGCAAUGACAGGAGUUGGAGAAAAGUAUUCAACAUGGGAACCGACCAAGAGGGAACUUGAGCUGCUGAGGCAUAACCCCAAGAGAAGGAAAAUAACCUCAAACUGCACCAUAGGUUUGCGAGGAUUAAUCAAUCUUGGGAACACGUGUUUUAUGAACUGUAUUGUCCAGGCACUUACCCACACUCCUUUACUGCGAGAUUUCUUCCUUUCUGACAGGCACAAAUGUGAAAUGCAGAGCCCCAAUUCUUGCCUGGUUUGUGAAAUGUCUACUCUCUUUCAGGAGUUUUACUCCGGGCACCGAUCUCCUCACAUUCCAUAUAGGUUACUGCACCUUGUAUGGACGCAUGCAAGACAUUUAGCAGGGUACGAACAACAGGAUGCACAUGAAUUUCUCAUUGCUGCAUUAGAUGUACUGCACAGACAUUGCAAAGGUGACGACAAUGGAAAGAAGGCCAACAAUCCAAACCACUGUAACUGCAUCAUAGACCAAAUCUUCACUGGAGGACUGCAGUCAGAUGUAACUUGUCAAGUGUGCCAUGGUGUCUCUACAACAAUAGAUCCGUUUUGGGACAUCAGCUUGGACCUGCCAGGUUCUUCUACUCCAUUUUGGCCUUUGAGCCCUGGAAGUGACGGGGGAGUUGUGAAUGGAGAAAAUCAUGUUUCAGGAACAACCACCCUAACAGACUGUCUGAGAAGGUUUACACGACCAGAACAUCUCGGAAGCAGUGCCAAAAUUAAAUGCAGUGGUUGCCAUAGUUACCAGGAAUCAACAAAACAGCUUACUAUGAAGAAAUUGCCUAUUGUGGCAUGUUUUCAUCUCAAACGGUUUGAACAUUCAGCUAAGCUGAGGCGGAAGAUUACUACAUAUGUAUCGUUCCCUUUGGAGCUGGACAUGACUCCAUUUAUGGCAUCCAGCAAAGAGAGCAGGAUGAACGGGCAAUAUCUGCAACCCCCAGAUAAUCUAAAUAAUGACAAUAAGUAUUCCUUAUUUGCAGUAGUUAAUCACCAGGGAACCUUGGAAAGUGGGCAUUACACAAGCUUUAUUCGGCAACACAAGGACCAGUGGUUCAAAUGCGAUGAUGCUAUUAUCACUAAGGCUAGCAUUAAAGAUGUACUAGACAGUGAAGGGUAUUUGCUUUUCUAUCACAAGCAAUUUCUGGAAUAUGAAUAACUGUCAAAAUUAUGUCUGGCGUAUGUGUAAAGAAAAAAAAAAUACAAACAAUACAAGCCUUCUGCGAUAACACACAAGCCUACCUGAAAUGUACACACAAGGCAGACAUUAGACCAGAGCUAUGCCGAUAUCACACCUGUCCAUGCUGAUUCUUGAACUGGUGAAGGAACACUUCAGGCCAAGGCAUAAAAUACGUGGGAGCCAGCGAACAAGAUGGACCAGGCCAGUGGAUACUCACUCUGGCACUAAACAUCUCUCGUGCUUCUGGGAAUAUGUGUAGGAAGCAAUGUGGGGUGGGAGGGGGGGUGCAAGGGCUUGAGAGAUCAUAUAUUCGAAUACUAUCACAAAAGCAACUUCUCUAUUUUGGUGCUUGAGCUGCAUCUGACCAAUCUUAUGACAGUUCUAAAAAUGAACCAAGGGAAGCCAAGCCCGUGAUUCCAUGCAUAUGGAACUGAAAUAUUUUGGUGGGGAAAAGGCAGCCAGGUUGGUAUCUACAAAGCAAGGAUGAAAAGAUAAAGACUCUGCAAGUAUCUUUUUGUGAGUUUUAGUUAUAAAAAAUAAAUUCAGUAUGAAAACUA